CUCUCUUACUUUUUUUUCUCUCAUUUUCUCGAGAAAAAGAAAAAAGGAAGUCCAAUUUCUUCUGCCAUUUUUCUCACCUUCAUGGGUAUGACAAAGCGUUUCCGACUUUGAUUUUCCUGGAAAUUUUUCGCAUUUCUAACCCUGUAACGCAGUGUUUCUUCCUCUCUAUCCCUUUUUUUUCUCUCCUCUUCGGCUUCGCUCUGAAAUGGCGGCUGUGACUUCUCUAUCUUUCUCGGCAUUAGGUCAAUCUUCGGAGAGGAAAGUUCCUGUUCCGACGACUCGCUCGUUCGCUUCCGCCUUCGAGGCUUUUCGUUUCCGUGCGAAUUUUUAUGCCGUGGGCGUUCGAUCUUCGAGUUCGAGUUCUCGGAUGGUUGUUCAGUGCAUGUCUAGUGUAACAGAUGUGCCCACUGUAUCCGAGACAAAGAUGAAUUUUCUGAAAAAUUAUAAACGGCCAAUCCCUAGUAUCUACAACACUCUGCUGCAGGAGCUGAUGGUACAACAACAUUUGAUGAGGUACAAGAGGACUUAUCGAUAUGAUGCUGUCUUUGCCCUUGGAUUUGUUACUGUAUAUGAUCAACUCAUGGAUGGGUAUCCAAGUGAUGAGGAUCGAGAUAUCAUCUUUCAAGUGUAUAUCAAGGCAUUAAGGGAGGAUCCAGAGCAAUACAGAAAAGAUGCACAAAUGUUGGAAGAGUGGGCUCGGUCUCAGACUGCUAGUUCAUUAGUUGAGUUUUCAUCUAGAGAAGGAGAAGUUGAAGGAAUUUUAAAGGAUAUUGCAGAAAGAGCUGGGGGUAAAGGUAGUUUCAGCUACAGUCGUUUCUUUGCCAUUGGGCUGUUUCGUCUUCUUGAAUUGGCAAAUGCAACUGAACCCACUAUUUUAGAAAAGCUUUGUGCAGCCUUCAACAUAAGCAAAAGGAGUGUGGAUAGGGACCUUGAUGUAUACCGCAACCUGCUUACCAAGCUGGUUCAAGCAAAAGAGCUUCUCAAGGAAUAUGUGGAUAGGGAGAAGAAGAAAAGAGAAGAAAGGGUCGAGUCUCAGAAGGCUAAUGAGGCCAUCACAAAAUGCUUGGGAGAAUACGAAUACACAGGUGUAUUUUGGUGAUUCAGAUACAUCCUAUCUCACCUUGUUAUUUUUUUUUUCCUUUUCCCCUAUUAUAUUAAAAGAAUUUUCCAUUGUACCAUGCAAAUGUAUUAUGUUGCUCAUUAGUUGAUACAUGAAAUUCCCACAUAAGAAUUGGCAAUUUUAAUAGCAAUCAAAAUCUCUCCAUAUGCAUCC